AUGUCGACGCGGUUUGGCGAUUUCAAACCGCUAUGCUCCGAGACGCCCAGUUAUCCGUGGUGCCAAAACGGAUCGCUGGGGAACAUCGCAAAUGUCAUAGUGUGUGGGCUUAGCGUAUUCGCAGUCGGAGCCUUGAUGUUUCUGGUGAGCCGGCGCAAGGCUGCUGUUGGCCGCGUUGAAUUCCGUAUAUUCCUGGGGCUCUACGCGCUUUCGCUGCCCUUCCAGCUCCUCACGACGGGCUCGCUGCUCGAGCAAGGUUCUACGGCGUUGACAGUGCUGACCGCUAUCCAUGCGGGGAUCGUAGCGGCCCUCUUCUGGAUGCUGGUCGGAAAUGCGUUGAUCUCGUUUCAGCUAGUGGACGAUGGGACCAUGGCCAGCGUUGUUCCGUUCUCCAUCCUCGCGCUCGCAUUCUUCGCAGCGACGACCUACAUUUCCCUCGAUGUGGCCUUCUCGUUCACUGCUGCGUUCGGCCCGAGCAAUCCCCCCGACGCCCUCGCAAGUAUACCGCUGUUCGUUCUUACCUCGAUCUGGCCCGGCGCCGCAACCAUCAUUUACUUCGUCUUGAUGACCUACGUCGUCCUCCGUAUCCUCAACGAGAUACGCCCCCUCUGGUACUACGUCUUGGCAUUCGUGCUCUUCGUACUCGCGCAGCUAGCGUGGUUCUUGCUGGGCAAGGUCGUUUGUAGGGGAUCCUCGUCCAGAAUCGACGGCUCCUUCAUCGCCACCAUCCUCGAAACGGCGUCUGUAGGUAUACUCUACCUCGCCUGGAGAAGCAUCACAGAAGAAUCUUGGGACGACCCGUACAUGAAUGAUUAUCCAUACUGA